GCUCCGCGCUGGCGAUGGCGGCACAGAACGAUCUCGAUCAACUGCCACUCCAGGGCGUGGUCCUAUGUUGCACAUCUCUAGCUCAAGAUGUUCGGACACAUCUCGCCGACAUGGCCAUUCAGAUGGGCGCCACCCACAAGCUGGAUCUCACAUCCGAAGUGACGCACCUCAUUGUCGGCAGCAUUACUACUCCUAAAUACCGAUACGUCGCGAAAGAACGUCCCGAUAUUAAGGUACUGGCUCCCGAAUUCGUCGAAAGCGUGCGCGAUGCCUGGAUCGAAGGUGGCGAAGUCGAGGUGCACAAGUUUGAGGAAGAGCAUAGAUUGAAGACGUUCGCGGGGCUGGAACUGUGUCUCACAGGCUUCAGCGAUGUGGUGCAGAGGAAAGAGCUGGAAAGAGUGUCUCAGGAGCAAGGCGCGAAAUGGAGUGCAGAUUUGACGAAACAAGUCACGCAUCUGAUUGCUGCGAAGCCCGAAGGCGCGAAAUACAUGCACGCAAAACAAUGGGGCAUCACCGUGGUGAGCUUGAAGUGGUAUGAAGACAGCUUGAUGCGUGGAAUGGCAUUGGACGAGAGUUACUACGCCUGCGAAAUACCACUGGAAGACCAAGGUAUUGGCGCUUUUCGAACAAUGCGAAAGAGGACGAGUCUCGGCAAGAGAGAGCGUGAAGCGAGUGGCCUAACGGGCGCCAGUGACGAUAAGGGAAGAAAGAGGCUGAGGAAAAGCGCCAGCAUGCGCCUCGGGGAGCAGAGUCAGGACUUGUGGCAAAGCAUGUCUCAGCAUGAGGUGCAAGUCGACAACACAGUAGCCAAUGUCUGGAACGAGAUGAACGACGAGAGUCAAACGCUGCGCGACAGCAUUGGACCUGGACUCAAGUCUCGACCUGGAAAUGCCGUGGAGUUCAUCGAACGCGAGCCUGCAGAGAGACCGAAGGGGCUAUUUUCGGGCAUCUUCAUCCUUAUUCACGGCUUUGAUCCGACCAAGACAGAGAAGCUCCGUACGGUCGUGAGCGCCAAUGGUGCUACCGUUGUAAGCACCGCCGAAGAACUGGGAAACGCGCCCGAAAACCAAUACUUCAAAUCGCAAUGUCUGCUCGUCCCGCAUGCGCAACCCACAGAGCUGCCUGUCUUGCCGCCCGGCACAAUGCUAGUAACCGAGUGGUGGGUGGAGCGAUGCCUUCACUUCAAGCAGGAGCUCAACCCAGAUCAAGACUCACUUAGCCAACCGUUGCAGGACAAGCUGAUCACGGACUUUGCGGGCCUCGUCAUCUCAUCUACCGGCUUCAACAGCGUAGAUCUGCGCAUGUCAGCUGAGACCAUCAACUUGAUGGGUGCACAGUACGAGGAACAACUGUCCUCUACUACAUCUGUCCUGAUAUGCGCAUCGGCAGCAAUGAAGAAAGAAAAAGCCUUCUAUGCAGCGAAGCACAACAUACCCGUUGUACGUCAGGAAUGGCUUUGGGAUUCGUUGCAGGCGAAGACUAAGCAGUCAUUUGAGCCUUACAGGCUCGACUUGUCACAGUACAAUUUCAGUCAAUUUUCGCAGCCCACGAACAGCUCGGCGACAAGCGACAAUUUGGGACCCCGUGGCGCGCGCGACCAAGUUCGGAGGGGUGAAGAAAUGGUACAUUCAAAACGUCUGUCGAACACUCGCAAACGCCAGCCGACGCCGUCACUUGUUCUGAAGCCGACAGCCUCCAACCAAGCGAGGUCAACGAAGGCGAGCAGGUCUGCAGGACCAUUUGUGCUCGAAGACAGUGACGACGACGCUGUCAUAGUCGCACAUGAUGACCCACCCCACGCGGUGCUUACCAAGGCUGAGAUGUCUCGACCUUUGCGAGAGAUCUCGCCCAACAAGAGUGCUGGCCCGGUGGAACCCGUUCCUGAAGUCGAGAAACCGCAGGCUGAACCCACGCCAAAAUCACCAACUCACCGUCACAGCCCUGUCAAGGAUGUGCAGAAGCUAACAUCCGACCUUGCGGCUCUUGUGCGACAUCGUAUCGGCUCAAUGGGCCAAGAAGGAUCGUCUGAGCCUCAGAAGCGUAAACACCGUCCUCUGGGGAGGAACUUGAGCGGCACAACCCUCAGUAACGCAUCGAGUCGCGUUUUCCCGGCAGACUCCGCCAUGCUAUCGGAAGGUUGUGAGGCAGAUGGAUUCGCAGCGCAUACCAACUCUGAGUCCGCACCUCCUGGAACCCAGCUAGGAUAUGACUCCCCAGACGCAGAAGCCGCACGCAUUCAAAUGAGCAAAAAGAUGGGAGUGGCUGUCGAGGAGAACACGGGGGUUAGGAUGGCCAGCAUGGGCACUGUGAAAGACAGUGAGAGCCUGCACAGAUCACACAUGGGUGCUGCAGCGGCAGCUGGUGGUCGUACGAAGGCACGAAGCAGGACGAAGACAUGAUGGUGAACGAAGUUGAACGAGGUGUGGAGUCCUUGUGUGGUGCUUCUGGUUUGUACAUUUUUGCCGCGUUCUAGCGAUGCUGUUCGACCACAGCGGCGGUUAUGAGAGGAUACGGCUGCACCACAAUGGUGCGACCUUGUGCGGCGACACAUGGUAUCAAAUGGUACGAAUGACGGCAUUUCUACGUGGAAUCGAAUGAAAGCGAUGGUAGACAGAACGAUUGAAAAUGCGUAACAAAAGCUUUAGUGUUCCCCAACUAUACACUGCAAUGUGCAAGGUCUGAGACACGUCAACCAAUCGAGACCGGCG